UAAACGAGUUUCUUGGAGAACAGGGCAACCUGAAUCCGUAUAUAUAUCUGCAAUUAUCCCUACCGAUCCAUAAUCAUCAACCGUAUAAUAAUAAUAAUCAAAUCAUCAAAUUCAACAACUUCUACAGAUCUGUAAACUCCACAGAGAAUAUGGAUUUUGAGUUGAGAAGAGCGAGAGAGAAAUUGGAGAAAGAACAAAAGGAUCGAAAAGAAAAGGCCAAAUUACGAUUGGAAAGAGAGAGAAAAGCCAAAUUAGAAGCUAAUCGCCACCGUGAAGCCAUUGAAUCUGCUCAGAGAUCUCGUAGAAUCCAUGCAAUGGAAGCACAAAUUAAGGCAGAGCAACAAAUGGAAGAAACUAUAUUUGCCGGUAGAGGAAUUUCAUUCAACCGCGUUCUUGAAGCGGUACCGUUUGAGGGUUCCGGAGAUAAAAUCAAACUACCACCUUCGUGUUUCAAUGAACUAUCAGAGCAAGGUGCUUUUGACAAAGGCCCCCUUCAUUUCCAGUUAUCAGUAGCUCACCAAGAUCACGAGUCAACUCACGGGUCAACUCAUGCUGGGGUCUUGGAAUUCACUGCAGACGAAGGUACAGUCGGGAUCCCGCCUCAUAUUUGGAAUAACUUAUACUCCAAACAAGAUCCAAACACUCCUUUAGUUGAAGUUAAAUAUGUUUGGUUAUCGAAGGGAACGUAUGCGAAACUUCAAUCGGAAGAACUCGGGUUCUCGGACAUACCCAAUCACAAAGCGGUUCUUGAAACGACUCUUCGCCAACACGCAACUCUUUCUCAAGAUGAUGUUUUGACGGUCAAACACGGUGUGUUAACUUUCCAUCUACGCGUUCUUGAACUAAAACCGUCGUCAAGUGUGUCUGUUCUCGAAACCGAUAUCGAGGUUGAUAUUAUGGGUCCUGAUUCACUUCCCGAAAAAACCACCCAACACGUGUUGAAACCACUAACGUUUGGGAAAUCAGAAUCGGGAAUUAUAAACGAAGGAGAAUACGCGUAUUACAAGUUUUCAAUAGACGAUGACACAUGGAAAAUAAUCGCUCUUGGAGAUGUUGAAAUUGAAGUGAAUUUGGAUUCGGAGUCGAAUGGAGAUACCGAUCUUUAUCUUUCCCGACACCCGUUAUUGUUUCCAAACACGCACCAACACGGUUGGUCUAGCCACGAUUUGGGGUCAAAGUGUUUGGUUCUCGGGUCAAAGGACCACACCUUGGGUCCGGGUAGCUAUAGUGUCGGUGUAUACGGGUUCAAAGGAACAACAAAAUAUAACGUUUCAGUAACCGUUAAAGACACGUCGAAGUCAAACGUUGGUCAACAACCCAUGUCGUCUUCUUCAGAUGGGUUAACAUCAACAGCGGAUACGGUAGAGUGCGGGAACUGCAAACAUUAUAUACCCGUGAGAACCAUAGCGCUUCACGAGGCGUAUUGUAGAAGACAUAACGUGAUUUGUCAGCAUACGGGUUGCGGUGUCGUGUUGAGAACCGAAGAGGUUAAGAAUCACGUGCAUUGCGUGAAAUGUGAACAGGCUUUUCAUAGUACCGAGAUGGAAAAACACAUGAAGGUGUUUCAUGAGCCGUUAUCCUGCGCGUGUGGGGUCGUUCUUGAGAAGACACAGAUGGUGCAACACCAGUCGUCAGAGUGUGCCUUACGGCUAGUGACAUGUCGGUUUUGUGGAGACAUGGUCCAAGCUGGUUCACUAGCGGUUGAUGCACGAGACCGGUUAAGAGGACUCUCGGAACAUGAGAGUCUUUGUGGGUCCAGAACGGCGCCGUGUGACUCGUGUGGUCGUGCGGUUAUGUUGAAAGAAAUGGAUAUUCAUCAAGUAGCUGUUCAUCAGAAGAAUUGAUGCAACUAUGUAUUUGGUUUUGUUUGUGGGGCGGUUAUUAUUUAUGAUGUAAUCCUUUCCGAUUGUUUGUAAAUGGAUGUUGGUAUCUAUGGUGUUGUGCUCUUUGGGUUUUCUAAUCAAUGCUUUAGACAUCAUAAUCUUUUUAAA